AUGCCCUCUCAGGAAGAACAGGAAUUGUUGGCUAGGAUCGGUCAACUUGCGGUGAAAACUGCGUGGGUUCUAAUUUGGUGGCAAACAGGCAAGAUCAAUCUUCACAAGGCUCAGCAGGCUGGCGUACAAUCAGUCCCAAGUACCCAGGCCUCCUACAGCCGAAACAACACUCACCGACACGGCGGCUUCCCCCACAAGCAUCGCGUCGAGCCGUACCCCUCUACCCGAGGCCCCUCGGGGUUUCGCCAUCGAUCCUUGGUACUUAACAACGGUGGAACGCAAACACCGCCAUCCGACUCGCCCACCCCCGAGGCAUCUGGCCCAGCUAAUUCAUCCGGCGCUUGGAUCUCCAAGAACACCCGCGGCCAGAGGUCGCUGAUCAACUCGGCCGUCUACGAGAAGAACAACGAAGCGCAUGUCAAGGCCAUCGAGGCAUCACGACAGCAGAAGAAUCGCCAGCAGGAUGUGCGCGAGCAGUCGCAGCUUGCCAACCACUUCCAUCGUUACGGAGGCCAAGCCAGAGUGCCGCCCACUCCUACUAAUCCCACAGCUACAGGCAACCACGAGGUCGAGAUCCAUGGCAUUCGUUUCCGCGUCGCCCACAGCGGGAGCAAGCUCAUCAAGGUGUCGGAGUACACUCACAACCUCUUAGGAGAUCUCCAUCCCGUCAGCGCGACGCCCAAAGUCGCUUUUGUCGGAGGUGUCAAGUUCCAUCGAAGCAAGACCGGCAAUCUAUACCGGGCCGGUGUGCUCAAAGCUCAACGGGUCAUGCGCCAAGGGACCGGCCUGUCGAUACAUUCACGAUGCUUCAAGAGUGGCCGUCUGCCGGGAGCUGUUGCACAAGGGAACUGCGCCAAUGGGGAGUCUUGUGAUCUUUCCCAUGACUUGACGCCCCAACGCACCCCGACAUGCGUUCACUUCAUCAAGGGCAACUGUGCGAAUCCCAACUGCCCCUAUGCUCACUCUAGUGUGUCUCCAGGUGCCCUGGUCUGCCGUUCGUUCGGCAUGUACGGCUACUGCGACAAGGGGGACGAGUGCGAAGAGCGGCAUGUCUUUGAGUGCCCCGACUUCAGCAAUACGGGCAAGUGUAAAAACAAGGGCUGUAAGCUUCUUCACCGCGAGAGGGCAAGCGUCCUUCGGAAGCGCACAGACGAGGACGAAUCAGAGGACCUGUCGAGCGAUGAUGAGCCCGUCGACAGCGACGACGUGGACUCGGACGAGGUCGAGGAGUUUAUCACCGACGGCGCUGGUGAUGAUACUGACUUCAAGGUCCAGAAGGACUUUAUCUCUUUCUGA